GCCGCCCACACCGAGCUGCGGCGCGCACGGCGGCUGUCCCGCCUGCCACAAUGCGCGGCGAAGCUGUGCCCGCGACUUGACGCGGUCGUCCCUAACGUCGCCACUCGACAUCCUUAGGACAGGCCGCCCCUGACGCCGCGCUGGGACCCUACUCGCCCACGCCCCCCAUGCGCUCACUCCCCGGUGCCGGGUCGGGCGGACGCGGAGCCGCGCGGGUGACGGCAGAGGCGGCUGCGCGCCCAGCCUAGCCCAGCCCAGCCGGAGGAGAGGGCGCGCCGCGCCCCCGCCCCCCGCCUGCUCUCCGGAGGCCGUGGGUGCGGAUGCGCGGCUGACGACUCGUAGAGACUAGCACUGCCGCCCGCCCGCCGGCCGGAGCCCGCAGCAUGGCAGCCGCCGCCUAUGUGGACCACUUCGCCGCCGAGUGCCUCGUGUCCAUGUCCAGCCGCGCAGUCGUGCACGGACCGCGGGAGGGGCCGGAGUCCCGGCCCGAGGGCGCGGCUGCCGCCGCCACCCCCGCACUGCCCCGCGUUGAGGAGCGCCGCGACGGCAAGGACAGCGCCUCGCUCUUCGUGGUGGCGCGGAUCCUAGCGGACCUCAACCAACAAGCGCCAGCGCCCGCCCCAGCGGAGCGCAGAGAGGGCGCUGCUGCCCGGAAGGCGAGGACCCCCUGCCGACUACCGCCCGCGCCACCCGCGCCGCCGCCUGCUUCCGAACCCGUCUCCCCCGGCGGAGAAGGUGCGGUAGCCGCGCCCCCCAGCCCCGCUUGGAGCGAGCCCGAGGCGGGACUAGAUCCCGAGCGGGAGCCAGGACCCGCGGGGAGCGGCGAGUCCGGCCUCAGACAAAGGGGCCGGCGGGGCCGAAGUCGCGCCGACCUCGAGUCCCCGCAGAGAAAGCACAAGUGCCACUACGCGGGCUGUGAGAAAGUUUAUGGGAAAUCUUCGCACCUCAAGGCGCACCUGAGAACUCACACAGGUGAGAGGCCCUUUGCCUGCAGCUGGCAGGACUGCAACAAGAAGUUCGCACGCUCUGAUGAGCUGGCACGGCACUACCGCACACACACCGGUGAGAAGAAGUUCAGCUGCCCUAUCUGCGAGAAGCGCUUCAUGCGCAGCGAUCACCUGACGAAGCAUGCUCGCCGCCACGCCAACUUCCACCCCGGCAUGCUGCAGCGGCGUGGCGGGGGCUCGCGGACCGGCUCACUCAGCGACUACAGCCGCUCUGAUGCCAGCAGCCCCACCAUCAGCCCAGCCAGUUCACCCUGAGCCCACUGGACCCACAGCAGCACAGCCCCGCCAGUCCCUCCGCCAGCCCCGCGCCCAGCCAAGGACCCCUACCCUGACAACAGCCAUGAGCAGCCGCUCUCACCUCCUCUUUGUCAGUCCGUGCCCUUUCCUUUUGUAAUAAGAAAAAAAGAGCAAGAACUUCAUGAAAAGUCCACGUAAAAACACUUUUCUUCA